AAAUUCUGUGUUUGGUUAUAUAGCUACUGGUUCUUUGAAAACAUCCCUUGAAAAUUGUCAGAAUUAUUGUGGACUUCUCGGUAAUGUUGAUAAGAUUGAUAGAUUGGUAAAAAAAUUUUGGUUAGUGGAAAAUAUUGGUGAAAAAAAGCCAAUUCUUAGCCAAGAAGAAGAAUUCUGUGAACAACAUUUCAAAGACACUUACAGACGAAAUGAAGAUGGCAGAUUUAUCGUAAAAAUGCCUAUGAAAGACGAACAAUUAGGAAAUUCAAAGCACUUAGCCAACAUUAGACUCAAUCAAUUAGUUAAACGUCUUAGCAAAAACGCUACAUUGCAACAUUUAUAUCAAGAUUUCAUAACAGAAUAUGUAAAUUUGGACCAUAUGGAAAGGGUCGAUGAUAAUUCAAAACCGGAACUUGAAUAUUACCUUCCCCCAUCAUGGACGGGAGCAGUCCAAGAAGAUACUUUUGAUAUUCUUGUGAGAUUUAGAAAACAUCAAGUUGCAGUUAUUGUGGAUAUACAAAAAAUGUACCGGCAAAUUUUAGUUGAUGAAUCCCAAAGAGACUUACUUCGAAUCUUAUGGAAGAGAAACCUUAGCGACUCACCUGUGACAUAUAGACUCAAAACGCUGCCAAAGCUGUCUUGUCAGACUGUUUAUGAUGUCAUCUCUGGUUCAUCAAACUUAGACUCAGCAAGGGAAUUGAAAAAUCAGCUUAUACAGCUUUUUCAUAGUUGUGGAAUGACUUUGCACAAAUGGAACUCUAAUUCUCCUGAACUGUUGGAUAGCCCUUCUACAAGCUCUGAGCUUUCAUUCUCCUCCAAAAGUGAUAAUGUGGUUAAAGCUUUAGGUAUUACAUGGAAUUCUCAGAAGGAUGAAUUCAGCUUUAAAGUCUCAAUCAAGGAGAAAUCAUCAUAUACCAAAAGAGACAUUUUAUCGACAAUUGCCAGACUUUAUGAUCCUUUAGGACUGAUUGGUCCGGUAAUCACCAAAGCCAAGAUAUUUUUACAAAAAUUAUGGGUUCAAAAACUGAGUUGGGAUGAACCACUUUUUGCAACUAUUGCUCACGAAUGGCAACAGAUAGUUUCAAAUUUAAAGGCUGUUGAGAACAUAAAAAUUAAUCGUUGCAUCCUCUCCAAUCAUCCAAGCAAGAUUUCACUCAUUGGAUAUGCAAAUGCUUCGGAAGCCGCUUAUGGUGCGGUUGUCUACUUGAUUUGUUUCGAUGAAGAUCACGGCUCGUCAUCUCAUCUACUAGCCAGCAAAUCUCGUGUGGCUCCAUUGAAAACUUUAUCUAUUCCAAGAUUGGAACUUUGUGCAUGUUUGUUAUUGGCUCAUCUGAUUUCGAAAGUUAGCAACUCAUUGAAGAUGCAUUUAGAUGACAUCAUUCUGUGCACUGAUUCAACGAUAGCACUGUCAUGGUUGAAGACUUCUCCUCAUCUUUUGAAGACCUUUGUUGCAAAUAGAGUCUCCAAAAUCCAAAGACUAGUAGAGCCGCGACACUGGAAGCACGUAUCAUCAGCAAAUAAUCCGGCAGAUCUGAUUUCUCGUGGUGCUUAUCCUCAUGAACUUGUGACAUCUUCCUUGUGGUGGAAUGGUCCUGAACAGAAAGAACUUAGUGAUGCUUCUUUAUUUGAACUUGACAAGACUCUCAUAGAUUCUCCUGCUUAUCAGGAUGAACUUAAAAAACCUUUAGACGUUAAUUUGAACUGCAAUUUAAACUUGUUUCUGUCCAAUCUGAAAGGUCCAGUGAAGAAAACAGGCCCCAUUAGUAGUACUGAAUUUCAAGAUGCGGAAAUGCACUUGAUAAAAAUGGUUCAGGUAAUAGAAUUUGCAGAGGAGAUUAAAUCACUUCAAGAUCAGAGAGUAAUCAAAAGUCAG